AUGAUCAAGCUACUGACCUUGGUACUUGUCGCCGCUCAGACAUUUACCAUUGUGGGCAUUGCUAAUGCCACUCACUACAUUGCGUUUGCAAGGGGAUGGAGCAAUGGGUUCACUCAAAAAGUCGGGGUUUGCAUCCGAGGCAGAGAAGGACUCAUUAUGCAAGACUAUGACACUUUCUGGGUGGGCGUCAAAAACUAUGGGUUCCACAAAGACGGAUAUUCGGCCCUUGUGGGUGCCAAAGACAGACAAGUGAGGAUUCCAGGCUGGGGUGUUUACCAGCUUCAGUCUGCCAGUUCCACACAUGAUUAUUGGCUUGGUUGCUGGAAUACCAGUCCAAACAAAUGUUCAGAGUUCUAUUCGAGUGCCAAGGAAGAAUGCGAAAACUUUUUCAAAAAAAAAAUCGAUCAAAGCAUUGGGAAUAACUGA